UUCGAGCGAUUUUUACGACUGGCAUCUCCGUUCCAAUUCGAUUUAUUGAUUCGGUGUGACGUUUAUUAGAUUCGUGAAAAAGUUAAGUGUCGCGAAAAAGUUUGGGAGAAAUAAAAUUUUCUGUGCAGUUUAAAAGCAUUAUAAAAUUUUUACUCCUCCCCUCUGUAUUCACAAUAAUAGUAGCCUCACAUAAUUCGGUGUACACAAUAAAAGAGGGGGCAGGUAAUAGGGGAAAAAGCUGAUAAGGCCAAGGCACUAAGGGGGCGUUAAGGAAUACAUACGAUAAGAGAAUAACAAAAACGAAGCUGAGCUCUACUGAGAAAGUGUAAAAAUAGCAAAAAAGUUGUAUAAUUGUGCGACGACUGAAGUCAGUGGAAAACAGUGUCGUUUGAAAGGAUCGUCAGUGAUUGCAGCUUAAAACGCUCAAGCUUUCUUCCGCUAUUGAUUUGACUUCAACGAAAGUAGAACGACUAUUAUCGAGUAAACGUUUGAAUUGUUUCUGCAAUGAACGCUGCGGUUGAUCCGUGGGUGAUAACCCAAAGGGAGAAGCUCAAGUAUCAGGAGCAAUUUAAAGCACUACAACCACAAGGAGGAUUUGUGACUGGUGCACAAGCGAAAGGCUUCUUUUUACAAUCACAAUUGCCACCGCUAAUACUCGGACAAAUAUGGGCUCUGGCAGACACAGAUUCCGAUGGAAAAAUGAACAUCAAUGAGUUUAGUAUUGCAUGUAAAUUGAUUAAUUUAAAGCUACGUGGCAUGGAUGUACCGAAGGUUUUACCACCCACAUUACUUGCUUCGCUAACCACAGUGGGAACUACGCCAACAAUGACGCCCACCGGCGCCGGAAGUUUGAGUCCACUAGAUCCGCUCAAAUCAAUGUCUGCUGUUGUUAAGCCUCCUACAAUACCUGGUGUAGUUUCCAGUGUACCGAUAUCGGGCGCAACCUUGCCAGGUGCUGUACCCGCUGUGCCAGGUAUUGUUCCGGGCACAUUACCAGGUGUGUUACCACAAGCUCUACCAGCUACAAUGGCUACCGGUGUGGUCUCUGGUGUUCCAGCUACAGUAAUACCCGGGCAAAUGCCAAUCAAUGCAGCAGUUCUCCCUGGCGGUGUAAUGCAACCUGGCGUCAUGCCAGUAGGUGCUUCGGUUAUUCCAAAUGUACCUGGUGUAGGUGCCAUACCUGGAGUAAUGCCCGGCAUUGUGCCGCCAGUGGCAGGUGGAGUUCCAGUUCCUGGUAUGGUGCCAAUGUCAGUAGCUGCAACGGCUGGUGUCGUACCACCAGCUAUGAUACCUGGUAUUCCACCAGUUGCCAGUGGUGUGUUGCCAGCUGGAAAAAUAGUUUCGCCACCUAACAGCAAUGAGGUUUCCAAAUUACCAGCCACACCAACUCCACCACAGAGUAAUCCACCCAGUCGACAUAUGUCAAUAUCAGAGCGUGCGCCAUCUAUCGAAUCACCUCAAAGCGAGUGGGCUGUCAAGGGUCCAGCGAAGCGUAAGUACACACAAGUCUUCAACGCAACUGAUCGUACGCGUUCUGGUUAUUUGACCGGCGCACAGGCGCGCAGUAUACUCGUACAAAGCAAAUUGCCACAAGCCACACUCGCCCAGAUUUGGACACUCUCCGACUUGGACUCAGAUGGUAGACUAAGUUGUGACGAAUUCAUUUUGGCUAUGUUCCUCUGUGACAAAGCCAUGAAUGGCGAAAAGGUGCCAGUUACAUUGCCCAUCGAUUGGAUACCACCCAGUUAUCGAAAAACCAAAUCUCGUCAAGGUUCCAUAUCAGGACCGGGUUCGCGCGCUGGAUCCACACCAGCUUCCCGUCAUGCAUCAGUUUCAUCGCAAGGUGCAGUUGAUGCAGAUCCGGCUGCAGGCCUUCCUCAAACAACGUUUGAAGACAAACGCAAAGAGAACUUUGACAAAGGCCAAGCAGAGUUGGAUCGAAGACGUAAAUUACUGCAGGAUCAACAGCGUAAAGAAAAGGAAGAGCGCGAGCGCAAGGAACGCGAGGAGGCGGAAAAACGCGAAAAGGCACGGCUAGAGGCCGAGCGCAAACAACAGGAGGAAUUAGAACGACAAUUGCAAAAGCAACGUGAAUUGGAAAUGGAAAAGGAAGAACAACGAAAACGCGAGCUCGAAGCUAAAGAAGCGGCCAGAAAGGAGUUGGAAAAGCAGCGACAAAUGGAGUGGGAACAAGCGCGUAUAGCAGAGAUGAACGCUCAAAAGCAACGUGAACAGGAACGUGUCUUGAAACAAAAAGCGCACAAUACACAACUUAAUGUUGAACUGAGCACACUUAACGAGAAGAUUAAAGAUUUGUCACAAAAGAUUUGCGACACACGUGCCGGUGUGACAAACGUUAAAACCAUAAUCGAUGGUAUGCGCUCACAGCGAGAUACCUCCAUGUCGGAAAUGUCUCAACUCAAAGCGCGCAUAAAAGAGCAAAAUGCCAAGUUGCUACAGCUGACACAGGAGCGCGCCAAAUGGGAUGCAAAAAGUAAGAGUAUUGCUUUGAGUGGCGCUACCGAUGCAAAUCAACAGGAGCAAUUAACUGCUGCUUUCGCUAACAAACAAUUAAUCAUCAAGCAACUGAAGGACAAAGUGGAAAAUAUACGCAAAGAAAUCGAAUCCAAAAAGGAAGAUAUCAAUUCCAACGAUGUGCAGGUGGCUGAAGUGAAAGGCGAAUUAUCGGCUUUAAUCGCCAAAUGCGAAGAAUUAUACGCCGAUUAUGACACGCAACGCACACAAGUGCUUGAGUUGAAGUAUAACAAAAAGAAUGAUAAUGUUUCGGCUGUAACGAGCGCCUGGGACACGGGUUCAAGCGCCUGGGGUACCAGCGUCGAUCAGUAUGCACUCACAAAUGAUACGGCCGCCUUGACGGAGACAACUGCUACAACUGCUGCGGCAUCUGUAGAUACCUCCGGACCCGCACCCGAAGGUUUUGUCAAAUAUCGUGCGGUUUAUGAGUUUACCGCACGAAAUCAGGAUGAAAUUACUUUUGUACCAGGCGAUAUCAUACUGGUGCCGUUGGAGCAGAAUGCCGAACCCGGUUGGUUGGCUGGUGAGAUAAACGGACACACUGGCUGGUUCCCAGAAACGUACGUGGAGAAAAUGGAAGAUGAAUAUACGAGCGCCACAACGACACAACCCAUUACAGCCGAGUCAGAUACGAAUGAACAGUUAAGCGGUUAUGCAGCACAAGACGCCUUCAACGACAACAGCCAGAGUCUCGGCACGGAUGCACACAACGGUGAGGUGGAGUAUUACAUUGCGGCAUAUCCAUAUCAGUCCACUGAAGCUGGCGAUUUGAGUUUCAAUGCCGGCGAAAUGGUAAUGGUGAUUAAGAAAGAAGGCGAUUGGUGGACCGGCACAAUUGGCACACGCACAGGUAUGUUCCCGUCGAACUAUGUGCAAAAAGCGGACGUUGGUACGACAGCAACAGAUGCAGCGUUGGACAUUGCCGGUGCCUUUGAUGAGCAAAAGGAAAAUGGCAACGCAACCGAUACGACCGAUAGUGUCGCCGCCAUAGCAGCCACAACACCACACGAACAAUUCACAAGUAAUGACACAGCAACAGCAACAAUAACAGCAGUACCAACUGCAACAGCAACACAACAACAACAACAACAACAACAACAACAGAAAUUCAAUAGCGGCAUAACAACUGCAACUGAUAGUGUAAUUGAUCAUACAGACGCCGCUGCAGCUGCCGAAGAGACGCGUACAAAUGAAGACUUGGACACUGAAGUCUCACAAAUCAAUACACAAUCGAAGAGUCAGAAUGAGUCUGCGGAAUCGUUUAGUCGCCCAAUGUCACGCACCUCUUCCAUGACGCCUGGUAUGCGCGCCAAACGUUCGGAAAUCGCACAAGUUAUUGCACCAUACGAGGCUACAAGCCCGGAACAACUCUCACUCACACGUGGACAAUUGAUUAUGAUACGCAAGAAGACCGAUUCGGGCUGGUGGGAAGGUGAAUUGCAGGCGAAAGGCCGACGUCGCCAAAUCGGUUGGUUCCCCGCCACAUAUGUGAAGGUUUUGCAAGGUGGCCGCAAUAGUGGGCGUAAUACACCUGUGUCGGGUAGUCGUAUCGAGAUGACAGAACAAAUACUAGACAAAGUCAUUGCAUUGUAUCCAUACAAGGCACAAAACGACGAUGAACUUUCGUUUGAGAAAGAUGAUAUUAUCAGCGUGUUGGGACGUGACGAACCUGAAUGGUGGCGUGGCGAGUUGAAUGGUUUAUCCGGUCUAUUUCCUAGCAAUUACGUUGGGCCAUUUGUAACCUCCGGAAACGUGUAACGAGUCUUUGGCGCUGACAUGUAAGCAUAAGUUGGUAAAGGUCAUACAAGUAAUAGUAGUAAUUAAAAAGAUUAUAUGAAAGUUUAAAAAAAAUGUUUAAAAAAUUUUGUUUAAAAAUUAGAAAAAAAUCAGAAAAAAAUAUUAAAAAAUGGAAAUGGAAAUGAAAAGUAUUACUACUGUAACGCGGCACUUUAGAAUUAUAACAA